AUGUAUUUUGGCACCAUCUGGAUGGUUCCUUUAUUAGUAAAUGUCGAUCGAUGCAGUCUAGCUAAAGGACCCGCGAGGUAUGCUUGUCGAUGCAAGGAAAUAAAAACCGCUAAUAUCAUCGGAAUUAUUAUUGGAGGUCUUGGAGAGCCAAUAGGUUACGUCACUAUCAUCACAAACUCAAAGUCGCGUGAUAAUUUCAAUUUAAUAUCCUUGGCUUUGUUCUGUUAUAGAGGAAUUAGAUACGCUUUGAUCUUGUUAAUAAGAUCCUGCAAUUGCUAUUUACUUGAUAUAUCUUACAUAUAUAUUUCCGAAAUCUAUCCUACCAAAUUCCGAGCAACAGGUCUAGGUACCGCUAGAGCAUUCGCUGGGUUGGGUAAUGUAUUAUCACCUUUUAUUGGCCAAGCACUAUUUUUAGCAUCUGAUAUUGCAGCUUUAGCCACUUUUACUGGAUUAUCACUAGUAGGGCUUGUGUGCAGCUUAACGAUUACCGUUGAAACAAAAGGACGCUUGCUAAAAGUCAGUUAA